AUGGCUUUCACAAUCAAGGUCCCCUGCUCAUCGGCAAACAUAGGUCCAGGAUUUGAUGUGAUCGGCCUGGCCCUUUCCAUCUAUCUCGAGCUGCACGUUACGACGACAAAUACCACAGCUAAGAUCCCGCUCAAUUGCGCCAUCACAUAUGAAGGAGAAGGUGAAGGGGAGGUUGACUUGGACCCAGAAGUCAAUCUUAUAACGCGCGUUGCUCUUUAUGUUCUUCGAUGCCAUAAUCAACGCGCUUUUCCCGUUGAAACUCAUGUUCACAUCAAAAAUUCGAUCCCGCUAGGACGAGGACUUGAGCAUCCGCAACAUCCAAAGACGCACAUGUCCCUCGCUAAGCGUGCAAAUACAGAACGUCAUCCUGAUAAUGUUGCGGCGGCGCUUUAUGGGGGUUUCGUGGGAACCUAUCUGAACGUGCUCAAACCUGAGGAUUUAGCUUGGAAAGAAAUUCCGUUGAGUGAAGUUCUACCAGCACCAGCUGGAGGAAUCGACACUGGCGCGAAACCGCCGGAACCACCCAUCGGUAUUGGACAUUACAAGAAAUUCCCUUGGUCCCCACGGAUCAAGGCCGUAGUGAUUAUACCUAAUUUCGAGCUUUCCACUGCGAAAGCCCGUGAGGUUCUUCCAGAGAUGUACUCGAGAGCGGAUGUCGUAUUUAACCUCCAACGAGCCACUCUUCUCCCUUCAGCUCUCAGUCAAUCUCCAUUAGAUCCAGACAUGAUCUACCUCGCAAUGCAGGACAGAGUUCACCAACAGUACCGAAAACAUCUAGUACCAGGACUCACUGAAAUCCUCAACUCAAUGAAUCCUUCCACCCAAUCCGGACUGUUAGGGAUAUGUCUCUCUGGGGCAGGCCCCACGAUAUUGGCCCUUGCUACUACCAAUUUCAAUCAGAUUGCGGAGCGCAUUGUGUCGAAAUUUAAACAACAUGGUAUCACGUGUCGAUGGGAGGUGUUAGAGCUAGCCGAAGAUGGGGCGAUUGUUGAAAGAAAGAAAGAUGUAUAG